UCCGUUGUUAGCAUUAACGUUCCCGGCUAUAAUUACACGUAUAUGAAAGAUUUACUUUGUUGGUUUGUGGUUUGUCAAUUUUAGAAAGGCCGAAAGGGCCCCGAAAUAAAAGAAAGCAAAUAAUCUUGACAUUUCUGGCUGCAACAUACCGAAUGAUCAAUUAAGGAGCCACGUGACGACGUUAGCCAAUGAGCGUGCGGCAUUUCGCUCUCCUAAGGUCAUCAUCAGGCUAUUUUUCUUGAGCUGAAGUUUCGACCAUGGCGGACGAAACGAAGAUUAUUUAUCAUAUAGACGACGAAGAAACGCCGUAUUUAGUGAAAAUAUCAAAAGGACCCAGUGAUGUUACUCUUGGAGAUUUCAAAAAUAUCCUCAAUCGGCCGAGUUAUAAGUUUUUCUUCAAGUCUAUGGACGAUGAUUUCGGGUAAGGUCGUAUAUAAACGCUAUUCCAAAGGAUGCUUUGUUUAUGAAACGUUUGGCUUUCGGAAACGCAAAUAUUUUGGGCCAGCCGGUGUGAGGAAUUAAGGAUCUUUCGGGCGUCGUUGGCUGAAGCAAAAUGCUAGAAUUGCGAGGCUAUUGACAGUCUUUGACCGCCUCUAGGCGAUGAAAUAGUUGCGAGUUGUUUCGAUAUUAAUUAUUGUCAACAAUCGCAAUACGCUGUGUGUAUAUAUGUACAAUUUUUCAAAUCUAUUGCACUGAUGCUUUUUGCUAUAAACCACAAAAUUACCGCUCAUUCUAGUUUAAAACAUAACCGUUUUAAACCAAAUUGGUAUCGCUUUAAACCAGGUCGAUCGCAAGGGUCUAAGAUGUCAAGAUUUAUAGAGCAUAAUCUACUGUAUCUGUUCGGCAUAAGUUAGACACCGCAGUAUAUUCUGUCUUUUAUCUAGGGUAGUAAAAGAAGAAAUAACAGACGAUGAAUCUGGGUUACCGUGUGUUAAUGGCCGUGUAGUCGCUUGGGUAUGUAUGAAAAUAUAUUGCCUUCUAAUUUCUCAAAUACAGUGCUAUAUGAACAGCGUUAUAAGUAUAUUUCACGGGGUUAUAACUGAGGUCGUUAUCGUAAAUCUGUCUGAAUGUUUGUCUUAAAUUGCGACCAUAUUUUACGUGUAAUGGAAUUAUUGGCCUAUUGAGGAUUGGCGAAUGAAAGAAGUCGAUGUUUUAGCCCGUAAAUGUGUCAGUUUAGCUGUGUUAUUGUGCUCAAAAGCGUUGAUGUUGUUGUUUAUGUGUGAAGCGAAGUGAUGUAGGCAUGAUUAUAUUUCGCUUGUAAAUUUCUCGAAUUACUCGCGUUGCUCCCUGCUUGCUUAUCUCGAAAAGCCCGCAGGAUUGUUAUUUUUUCAUUGGGAAAAGUAGAGGCGAGUAAAUAAUUCCAAGCGAGGUCACUAUGUAUUUUCCUUCGCGGUUGGAUAGUGCAAUACUGUUUCUAACUUGUCCCAAACUAAUUUAAAAAUCUCGUACUGUGCGGAACAAUGCUGCCGCAAAGACUCAGACUCCGGUUUCUUUAGACCUAGAUAGUCGCUUAUUUUCACAGGAAAUUGUACAGAUAAUCAGGAAUAGAAUUCAUACCUAUCAUGUACUUUAAAUUUUAUUGUAUAUUGCCGGUUAACAUCGAGACAGACGCUUUUGUUUAUGUUGAAAUAUUUCACACUUUUGGGGGCAAAUCGCCUAUGAAACCUGAUCAAUUUUUGUUUGAUUUGUAAAAUAGCACUAUUUUGGCCACAUUCCGAGCUCGCAUUAACGGUGUGAUUUUGAAGAAAUAGACAUUCCAACAGAAUGUUACAUCAUGUUACAUUCAAUGUAGCAAUUAACUGGAUCGGUUUCUUCUAAUCUGUGUUCCAAACCUUCUUUGACGCGUUGCUGAAUUUUAAUGAAAAAUUUAUAAGCGCAUUGGAAAUUUGAAAUCAAAAGUUUUUAAUAAUCUAUUUGAUAUGUUCAUGGAUUUAUUGAAGUCAAUGGUUCGAGUUUUUUAUUGGUGAAAAGAGAUUCCAUUUUUUUCGACGUUUCUAUGGAGUCAAAUAAUGUGCCAUAUCGCAUGUUUUUGUGAUUCUAGUAUAUCCAAGCUACUUGAAAGCAGUUUGUUGAUUGAAGUGCUACAUAAUAUGACUGCUGUCUGUAUCUCUCAAGUGGCCUGAGCUACAAUAUCCUAUUUCAUCUUCUAAAUUACUCUUCAAACCAGCUGUUUAUUAAGAGCCCUGUGGGCCAUAGUUUUUUCAACCUCAAAUUGGGCUCCAGUUACACAUUAGUGGUAGGAAUUGUUGUUUUUCUCCUAUAGAGAACUAGACCACCAUAGACAAAAGUUUAUAUAAUCGUUUUGCGUUCACAUGACAGUACUUAUCAGCUGAUGGCAUAGUCCUUUAUCUUCACAUAAUUAUACAAUAUGUUGGACCACUAUUGAUUUUUUACUUUAUGUUCUCUGAGAGCCAGAAAAACGUUUUAAUAUUGUUGAAAUACUCUUGUUGAAACAUAGAAAUAAAGACCUUUUGUACUACCGGUACAUUCAGACUGGUCUGUUUAGUGGAAUGUGUACUAUAUGAAGACUGGCCUAUUUAGUGGAAUAUGUUCCUGUUUAGUAGAACGUGUACUACAUUCAGACUGGCUUGUUUAGUGGAAGCACAAGCAAGGUUUCAAUGUGCAGUGUUUUUUUUUAUGGAAAAAUUACUUCGCAUUUACAUUAACAUAUAUUAAAUAAAAAUUUUCUGUGUAAGUCAUGUAUGCAGAUUUAAAAGAAUGUGCAUGACACUACAUGUAUUGUGCCAGACAUUGUGAUUGACUUGCGGAACACUUUUGGAAUUUUUAAACAAUAAAUAAAUCGUAUGGAAUUCCAGUAUAUAAGAUGACAAAAAAUUUCCUGCAAGGUGUAGGAAAAUUUCCUAUGAAAGUAUUUUGUUCAAAAUCCCUGGCCGUGGUGCUGUUGGUACUGCCGGACAUUUUGCAGCAGUGCUGGUUCCAACAUUUAACUUGAAACAGCUGAGAUCUUGGUCACCAGGAUGAAGAGUGUCUCAUCUAAACACUCGCUUAUUGGGCUGCUAUAGUUGCUGGAUGAACCUACCAAGAGAUGUCAAUUGUUCAUUCUUCAAACUAAGCAAUUUACCAGUUUAAUUGAAUAUUAAUACAUAACUUAUCUUUAGAUUUUGAGAUUUCUUCACUGAGCUUAACUAUACUUCUUUUUCUUUAUAAUUAUUUUAUUUGUUUGUGUACCUUUUAUUUAAACACGUUGUACUCCUAUGUUUUAAAUAAGUCAACAUGAUCUCCCUCGAUGAGCCUAGCUCUUGGAGAAAAUGUUGAGAAUAAAAUAUGUUUAAAUAAAAAAAACCCGUCAAAACAACCAAGUCAUGAAGAAAACAGGAUGAAAUUUUCUCAUAUCCAAUCAGAAUUCCCUUCCCUUGCCUUGCCAUCCAUCUUGAUAACCUGGCUAGCCUGCCUGAACAUGAUUUGCACAUUACAGUACAACUCUUCAUUAUGGUAAAUUUUCUUUAGUCUAAAUACACAAGUAUGUAUGUAUAGCAUUUUAUCUUAUCUUUUAAACAUAUAUAAAGUAAGUAUAUAUAUAAUUACAAGCAUAACCCAAACCUAACUCUAUGUACAGUACCUAAUUGCCCUUAAAAACUCUUGCAAAAUGAAAACAUUUUCCUGAUAGUGAGUGUUUCCCAUCUCCUAGGGCUGCUACAUUCAUGAACGUUCCUCUCUCCCCCUUCUUUCAUUUGUGAAAGUAGUCGAUCUUGUAUGUAAUUUAUCACAAUAUAAAACUCUAAGCAAGCCUUGUUCUGCAAGCAUCAAUAUUACUUUUAAUUGUCUAGUUGUAAUUGAAAUCUCCAAAAGAUUGAUAUCAUAAAUUACUUACAAUAUUUCAUAUAUUCCAAAUUUUAUAUAAUAUCAUGAAAGUUUAAAUUUGAAGACAGCACCUUGAGACCACUGACGAAAUGAAACAUGAAUCUGAGACACCACCUACAAUAAAAUAUAGGUGACAAUUCCCAGCUGGCAAAUCAUAUGUUUAUAUUUAUUAUUAUACAUCCUAAUUUCUACAGCACAUUAUAUCCACCCCCUCUCAAUAUCUCUCAGUCUCUGAAUGUUGGUAAAGUUUUUUUGGCCAUGAAAGUCAUCAUUAAAUUGGAAUGAAACAAGUUUAAGGACAGAAAAAUGAGGUUUGACAACUUUCAGUUUAGAAAGAAAUUAUGAGAAAGUUAUUCGUAUAACUAGAAAUAAUUGAGUUUUUAUCUUAUAAUUGACUAUUUCCAAACAUGACUCCACAAUUUAGGUGAAUUUGUUUCUCUGCGCAAAUGUAAUGUUUAUUUCCAAUCAUGCGUUUUGACUCCGCGAUUUUCCAGUGAGGACAGUUGCAACUAUAUGGUUAACACACAAUGUAGCAGAGUAUUUCACAAAGCUUCACAAAAAAUGCUUUUUGCACAUAAAUUGGCACAUCCUUUGACAGUCUUGGCAUGUAUGUUCAUUUUCCAAAUUAAAUUUAAUUAAAAAGUUGGCCAAGUUUCGCUUGGGACAGUAAACAUUUUAUUUGUUCUCGUAGUUGCGGUUCAUUUGCGCGGCAAUUGGCUCUUGAUAUCGUGUAGACUUUGCUUUGACGCAAUGCAAUUUACAACCGGAAUGGGGUGGAGUUUUGAGGUCGUAGAAAAUGUAAUUAGUUUUGUUCGAAUAUGUGAUUCAGAUAUAAAAGAAUGUUCAAAGAUAAUGGGGAUUUGUUACCACGAGUAUACAAUCUUAUCGUGCAAUAUAAACUACUUAAACAUAUGUGGCUUUCCGUGAGUGUAUAUAUAUCAGAGAAUGGAUGAUUUCAGCAAAACUGCCAAAAGACGAAAUCUUGAUCUAAACAGGAAGAACAAAAUCCAUUACCAUAGCUGGAAAGAGCAUCUUAAAAUGAGUAAAAUUGCAAAGUUUGGUUGCGAAUUGUUGUAAAAUGAGGAAAAUAUAGCCCUGUGAAGUUCGCAAAUUUUGUAUAUAUUUACAUUACGCGCACGGGAAAAAUAACCAUUUUUGAGUCGAAAGUGGUUACCUUUACCGCGCGUAAUACAAAUAUAUACAAAAUUUGCGAACUUCACAGGGCUUUAUUUUCUUCAUUUUACAACAUCUAGCAAUCAAACUUUACCGUUUUACUCAUUCUAAGACGCUCUUUCUAGCUGUGAUGUUAUAUUUCGUUCUUCUUGCCUUGAUCAAAAUUUAGUCUAUAGGCUAUGGCUGGAAUCACCCAUCGGCCUGAGUGAGACGAAGAAAACUUGAACGUUUUUUCUACGAGUUUGUCAUAUAUUUUUUUCAUGUAUAGUUUCGGCCAAAACGACGACGGUAGAUUAUAGUCAACCACCUUUGUUCAAAGAGAUUUCAGGAAGCGAUUAAAUUUGUGGUAAUCUUCAUAGAUUUGGGUGACGCCAUAAAUUGACAAAUCACAAAAAUGCCUUGGACAAAACAAUUCCAACCAUCAUAUAUUUAGAUAUAUCUAUAUAGAUAGAUCUUUCAGAUCCGGGAAUAGUUUUAUAUUCCACGCUGCAAUAGUUUUACAUUUGAUAUUCCACGCAAAGCCAAAGGUCCUGAUUUCUGAUUGAGCUUUUGCCUUUUCAACCCGAAUAAGCAAAGAAUCCCAGCUACGUGAAUGCAAAUUUGGCCGAGAUUUCAUCUUUUGUGAUGUGAUAUAGUGUUUAGUGAAAUCCUCCGCACCUGCAGAAAAUUCACGUUGAACAUGCUCGCGCCUAUCCUUGUCGUCUUAAACGCUUUGUUGAGACUAAUUUGUUAUCAUAACCACAACGCGCCAGCCCUACUUAUUGUUCGUUAGAUAAUCUGCAAUCAUGUGCGAUAAAUCUGCUUAUACGAGGAACCAAUCUCUAGUGUGUAACAGGUGUGAUACUUAGUUACCCCCACAUCUUGGUACUAUGCGUGAAUGGUAUUUCAAGGUCAAGUCAACGAACUUUCGCCUAUCAAGGAGUUUCAAUCUGGAACAGUAUUAUAGGAGUGCAAAUAACUUGGUUCAUUAAAAAUUUUUUUUUUACUUCAAAGCAGCCUUUUUGAUAUUAUCAUGUAAUGUUUUAAUCUUAGGUUUUAGGUAAAUGUUAACUGUAAAUGGACCUGGAGACUUCAUAAUAUUUAAUGAAAAUUAAUUAAUUGUCAGACCGAGAUAUGAAUGUUAUUUCUUCGCAUUGAAGCCAGUUUAAAUGCCAACAAUGUUGGCUAACAUCAUGUUGAAAUAUUUGGUUUUACCGCAUAUUUUUCAAAUCUUUUGAAUAAAAGGAUAAGAUUUAUUCAAAUUGAAAACUUGUACUUUAAAAUAUUAGUCAAAGAAACAGUUUUUAACAUUUGAAAAUUGUUGGAAGGUGUUGGGCUAACAAUUUUGCGUUCGUUUGAACAAGCCUUUAAAUUACAAUGGUAAUUGCUAGAUAGUAUACUUCAAAAUAAGGUUUCCGUUUUUAUAUCAAUUUUUAAAAUAAGGCAGGGGUAGGUUGGGGUUUAGGUUAGGGUUAGGUUGGGGUUAGGGUGAGGGUUAGUAUUAGGGUGAGGGUUUAGUUUUGCGUUAGGAUAGUUUUUUCUACGUUAUAAAAACAGAAAUCUUAUUUUGAAGUAUACUAUCUAGCGAUCACCAAAUUACAAUGGUCUUGCAUUGUUUUUACAUACUCCCAUUCUUUUCGACGUUUCUGAAAUUGAACACGAUCUGUGGACCGCGUGAUGGUUUAUUGAAACCCAACAAUAACCUGAUGAGUUCUUUGUAUGUUUGCAUGGCGAUAAAGCAUAUAAUAAUUUUGUUUGUGGAAACACCACGUAAAUUUAUUACUGCAAAUAAUAAAUAAAUUUACGUGGUGUUUCCACAAACAAAACUAUUAUAAUAACCUGAUGAUACUCUCAAACCAACAAAAUGUUCUCCUUACAUUUCUUUUGAAUCUUGUUUACCAAUGUGAUGGCGCGUUCUAUGCAAAUCAAAUUUUGCCGAUUGCGGAGGUAGAUCGACAUUGUAUUAAAACAGUCACCUUGACGAGUUCACGACCGUCACCUGAGCCAACAGUGAGCUCUGUGCCUGAGCCAAGAGGAAAUGGAAACUGGCUUUUAAGUGCAUUGACGGGCUGAUUCAUUUAAUAAAGCUCUUAUCACGGCUUUGAUAAACAUCCAAAAUGACAUUUCAAUGUUGAAUUAGCUUAAUUUGAUUCCAGUAACAAUCUAAGGUUCAUUCAAACGAUCGUUUGUGGUUACAAAAAAAUUCAUGACACGAUUUCAUCCUGGCUCAUAUGAACAGCACCUAUAAGAUGGUAUUGUUAUUUUUAGCUGGUGACCUCAUCCGAAGGAAGUGCCAGCGAUGUUGGACGCACGUUCUCGGAAUCUGGUUCAGAACCACAUGAUCAACAGUCAGUUUUGUCGGAUCCAGACUCCACAGGGGCGCCACGGACAAGAGGUCCUGGAUCUGGGGAUUCAAGGCCGCCAUCUUUUCAGUAAGUCUACAUGUUCCUCGGGCGAUUUCCAUAUUAAUUAUUAUGCAAGGAUAAUAGGGCUGUCAUUGAGGUUGGUCGGACAUUUUUUCCGGUGUUCAUUGGGGAAAUCCAUAAAAAUAAUAGAUAUCUAUUAUAAUUAUCUGUAUGGGUAAAUCAUAUCGAAUUGCUUCAUAAUCUUACGUUUUUAAUGAUGAUAAUUGAUCAUGUUAUUAAUUGUGUUGUUACUGUGAUUUAGUGGCCGUACGGGAUUAAAACCGGAGAAAGAUACUGAAAAUUCUGACUUGGAAUCGAUCAGCUCAAGACAAUCAAGCAGACACAGCAGACCUAGACGUAAGUGUAUAGUUUGCUUACACAUUUCUCAAUGGAUUUUACUACCUACCAAUUCUUCAAUCAAUGUCUUAUAUACCUUUGUAUCGAUGUUUUCAGCACACCGUAACAGUAGUAGCCGAUAUAAAGCACCGGUGGAUGACAGUUGUGAAGAAUCGUCCAUCUUUAGCAGUGAUUUAGAAACGACAAGUGUUGCUGAUUCUGAGGACGACCGCAGAAGCAGGUUUGUGAUUGAUUGUUUUGUCAUAGAGGGUCACAAACUUUAUUGGAACUCAAACUGGUUGUUUUCCUUUGAGAUCCUGUCAAGGUAAUCUCGUAUUGGUGCUCCAGUGUUCCAAACUAACUUAUGGAUAGCUCUAUCGGUGCUAAACUUCUCCCCUUAGUGAUCCAAUAUAAGGAUCAUCUCUUAUUUGUCUUGUGUGGCUAAACCAAAUUAAGUAACUACAUUUAUACUGAGUAGUUCUGUCAGACUGGGAUAGCUCUAUCAGUUCUAAACUGUUCGCUCUAUAGAGGUCCAUGCAGUAAGGAUCGUUUCUUAUUCGUCCGGUAUAACUAAACCGAAUUAACUUUAUUUAUACUGUCUAGCUCUAUCAGUUCUAAACUAUUCCCCCUCGAGGUCUGGUAAAGCCCAUCUCAUAGUGGUCCAGUGUUACUAAACCAAACUAACUUCGUUUAUACUUGGACGUUCUACCGCUGUUAAACUGUUCCUCCUUGAGAUCCAGUCUGGAUCAUCUCUUCUUGGUCCAGUGUAGCUAAACCAAAUUACAUUUCUUUAUGCUGGAUAGCUCAUUCAGUUCUGAACUGUUCUUUCUAUAGAAUCUCAAGUAUAACAGAUGGAUCUAGUUUGUAUCAUGGCCGGCACAGGCGUCGUCGCCGAAGACCUAGAAUGCCACAUGUUCAAAGAGUAAGUUAUAUAUAGCUGACGGCAUGCAACCAAUUGCAAGAGAUUCAAAGGAUAAAGAUAUUUUUGCCAUGUUGAAGUGAAUUCGAAUUGGAAACAAGCAAAAUCUCGUAACAUCGUUACAUUACUGUAUUGCAUGGAAAACAGUGAGUUUUUCAAAACAAUGAAAAGACAAUGGAACAUUCCGAUGACUGGACCAUGACUGGAUGUCCAUCGUCUAAUGCGUCGGUGGCUUUUAACGUAUUCGCAUAAAACAUAAAACCACAUUCAAAUACUUAGUUUUGCAUACCUAACAUAUCUUGUCUAUAUAUGCGUAUUUAACAAAGAGAAGUGUAUUAGUAGGAAUAUUUCCGUGUGUUUCGUUUACUUAAUCAUUUAAACCUGACUAGUCGAUCACGUAAAACUAAAUAUUUGGUCAUAUUUAACUGAAUAGUUCGGUUAUUGAUGUUUUGUAUAAUAAGUUAACUUUGUUUUGCGACAUAUUUAUACUCGUUCACGAACAUUUUCUCACGACAUUAUCACAUAUUUCUCUUUUAGUGUACUUCAUUUAGUACAAUCACGGAAUCCACGAUGUCUUUAAAUAUCAUCACAGUCACCUUAAAUAUGGGUAAGAAAAGAUGGAUAAUGAAUUAGUAUUGAGCUCGUGAGAUGACUGCUGCGUUGCGUAAGAUAGUAAAAACUUUAGAAUGUGAAACAACAACGCGACGAAAGCGACCAAAACAAACUCCUUUACCAAACCAAUCCUUGGCCGGACCUCGGUUAAGGACGUUAAAUCGUAGGUACCUUCGGAUUCCCUGUCAAUUGGGCAAUAACUGUUAGAAAAUCCGCUCACCAAUUAGUGAGAAACUCGAUAAAUUACUUUAAAGAAAAUUUGUCGUGCAUUGUCCAUUCUAUGAAAUUCAAUCUAAUACAGUUUUGGGAGGGACUUUAUAGUUAAGAAGACUUCUACUAAGCCAAUUCACCAUUUUUCUCGUACCAAAUGCAGGCGGUAUAUCUAUAACGUGAGAUGUAUAACUUGUCCAUGUAUUUAACAGAUAAAGCAAAUUUCUUGGGCAUCAGUAUUGUUGGUCAAAGCGGCAGCCGCGGCGAUGGUGGUAUUCAUGUUGGUUCUGUUAUGAAAGGGUAAGUCAUGAAUUCUAAAACUGUCUGUACCAGUGUUGGUAAUACCAAAGUGAAAAUGCUGUGCUGAGUGGUUAUAUUACUACCUUAAAAAAUAAGCAGAAACUCGACGUUUCGAGCGAAGGCCCUUCGUCAAGAGUUAGUAGCAAGAGUUAGUAGCUGCUACUAACUCUUGACGAAGGGCCUUCGCUCGAAACGUCGAGUUUCUGCUUAUUUUUCAAGGUAGUAAUAUAACCACUCAGCACAGCAUAAGUCAUGAAUUCAUCUUUCGCAUGAAAAAAAUUCUUGAACAUCUAUACGGUAAUAUUUUAGCUUGUGGUAUUUAAAUAGACUCGUAUACUAGCAGCUAUUGGGAUCCAGACACUCAGAAUCACAUGGACACACUCAACGUGGAACAUUCAAUCCACAUAUAUACAAAGAGAUCAAACGAGGAUGAGAGUGCAUGAUAUCGAUAAUUGACAGUCGCGCAAACUUGGUUAGCUGUUCUUAAUUAAUGCUUUCCCAACACUAUCAUAUAUUGAUUAUAUUCUACUUAAGUUAAAACAUGGUCGAAACACUCAUAAAACCUUAAGUUUAUAACAAUGUAAACAAUAGGGCCAUUUAUACGGGACAAAAUAAGACGCGACUUACAUAAGACGCGACUUAAAUAAGACGCGAGUUUGUCGUAUAAAAGGUACAAAAUUCUUAUGUAAGACGCGUCUUGGAUAAGACGCGUCUUACAUAAGAACAGGACUUUUAGCUGUUCUUAUUUAAGUCGCGUCUUAAAUAAGAAAUUUUGGACAAAAAUUCUAACUACACAUGCCCGAAACUUGAAACAACGUAAAAUUAUUAGCCUUGCAUAUUCAAACAAAAACAACCGAAACAACAUUAUAGCUAUAGCAAGUAAAUAAGAAUAAAUCCGUAGAGAACCAUUUAUGCGAUAACUCAGCUUAUAUAAGACGCGUCUUAUGUAAGACGCGACUUAUUUUGUCCCGUAUAAAUGGCCCUAAUGUAACUCCUGUAACAAUACGUGGCUGGCCACUCUCAUCAACUCUCAACCCCUCGUUUGACCGGGCAUUACAUUUAUGUUGCGAGUCGAUAUACAGUAGGCUGACUUAAGGCCCUGUCACACUAUUGCGUAUCGUACUAGCGUAUGCCAGCGUAUGAAAAAUAUCACUCAUACGCCGGUAUACGCUGACAUACGCUAGGGGUACGCUAGGCAUAGGUUGUAUACGUUUCAAGUACGGUCGCAUACGGUGGCAUACGGCGAGGCAGAACAUUUUUUUUAAGCAUGUUCAAAUAUUUUGUGCGUAUCGGACGUAUGCUUUAUACGAUAAGCAUACUCUAGUCACACGCUGAAUACGCUAUAGAGGUACGCCAGAUGUACGGUACUCAUACGCUGGUAUUUCAAAGGAUUUUUGUGCGUAUGAAAAUUAUUUCAUUAAUUUUCAUACGCUUCUCUCAUACGCAAUAGUGUGACAGGGCCUUAAAGCAGGGAUGUUAGUGUGUUUGUCAAUCAUGCAUCAUCUUUUUCCAGAGGAGCUGUAGCCUUGGAUGGCCGGAUAGAACCGGGAGAUAUGUUACUUCAGGUGAACGAUGUAGACUUUCAAAAUAUGAGCAACGACGAUGCUGUUCGAGUAUUAAGAGAAAUGGUCCAUAAGCCUGGACCUAUCACAUUAACAGUCGCAAAAUGCUGGGAUCCUUCUCCUCAAGGAUACUUCACCCUACCUCAGAGUAAGUUGAACUUCGUGUGGAACUAAACAGAAACUAAACUAAUUUUAUACUAGAUAGCUGUAUCAGUUACCUAGUUUUAUGUAAGGGACUUCCCUUAUUACUACAACCUAAAACAUACUCUCUAAAAUUUAACUAGGAAUUUUAACCAGAGUGUUUUAGAGUGUACGUGUUGUCUGGUGCUGUAGGAGGAAUUCGUGUUUGGUAGAGUCGAGCUCGAAGCCCUCUUCUUGUAUGCAGUGAGGUGAAAUUAUAAUCACACAACAAUAUAUUGCGGUAAUCGAAGACACGUGCUCUAGCACUGUGACAACAGCACUUCGACUUUUAACUUAAAAGUAUUCUUAAUAGAGAGUAUGUUUUUAAUCGAUUCUUGGUUCAUUUCACUAACCUAUCACAUUUCUUGUUUAAUAAAUAGGCGAGCCCGUACGCCCGAUCAACACGGAAGCCUGGGUCCAACAGUUAGCUGCAAUGCGAGGUAAUAUACCUAAAAACAAACAUAUAUCUAAAGUCUAAAAACAAAAUUAGAGAUUGACAUAGAAACAGUGAUUUCAACAGUCCUAGUCUGGUCGCCAUAGGUUGCAUAGGUAGUCAAGGAUAUAGGCCUGGAAUAUCACCGUUCAUAUAUGUACGAUAUUGAGUUGUACGAUAUUAAGAGUUAAAUAUUAAAUGCAGACGAGCUAGCUCAUUUUAUUCCGUACUGGACAUCUGUAAUAUUGUAUUUAACUAUAUGGUAUACUUUCCUAUUACAGAAUACCAAGCCAAAGGGAUGGUAAACCAAUCAUUAGGAACUAUGACGUCAACAAGUUCAUCUUUGACAAGUUCUUUGCCUGAAUCUGAUCGUAAGUCUUCAUUAUCAACCUGUAAUAAUGCAGAACUGUAGAUGGGUUCUACUUAGUAUUAUCGUGCAAUAUUAUAGAUGGUUAUCAAUAGGCAGUUAUCAAAAUGAGAAAUAGUUUUAAUUCUUUUCAUUUCAUGUAGUAAUCUUGUAAUUAGUGGUAAAUAAAUAAAAGAGAUGGAUGUAGGUCAAUUAGUCUUUCUCACGCGGGCCCGCACUAUCCGCCAUUUUUGGGCCACUGUCUUCCCUCGUCAAACAAUCUGGACAAUUAGAACAUUGUGAAAAGCGAGUUCACAAAGUUGUAAGUGUGAACUUACCAUUAUAAACACGACGACAAUUAUGAGAAUUCGCAUCUCGCGGUGUUUACGCUCUCAGCUAGGGAGAACCAGUGCCCCAAUGCGGCGGAUAAACCGAGCGUGAGAAAGGCUAAUUUGCUUGCUUUUUAUAAGUGUGAACACUAUUGGAGUUGAUCACCAUAAGGCUUACUGCAGCCAACCAAUCGAUAUGCCUGAUUGGUAAGGUACAUAUUUAGUCUACGAUGUGAAAAAGACCUAUUCGUACUUUUUAGGAACGCUAUCUUCAGAGGAAUUAUUGCAACAGAGAGAUGUUGUUUCGCUGAGCCUCUGAAAGUUGUACAUUCCGUAUUGGAUAGGUGCUUUUUCGCGCCGCUACGGAUAGCUAAUAGCUAUCCGCCCGGUAUGGUCUAAACAUAGCCUUAAACUACGAUGUUUCUUCUCAGGUUUCACCGAGGACAACUACUUACAACUUCAUGUUAACAGUGAUAUGAGCCUCAUCGUUAAGGCGUUGGCAAGCACUGAUUCCGGCUUGGACGUUCGGGAUAGAAUGUGGUUAAAAAUCACCAUUCCAAAUGCUUUCAUUGGCUCAGACCUUGUUGAUUGGUUAUUUACUCGUGUCCAGGGCUUCACCGACAGAAGAGAGGCUCGUAAAUACGCCUCUGGUCUCCUGAAGGUAAACUAAAGUAACUUUACUUUACUUUAUUUUAUUUUAUUUUAUUUUGACUGGAUAGCUUUAUCAUUAAGAACCACCUCGUAUUUUUUCGUUCAAUGUAAGUACAGGAGGAAACUUAACCAAACUAAAUCCCUUUAUACCAGACAGCUCGCUCUAUCAGUUCUACGUUUUUCUUCCUAGAGGUCCAGUAAAAGCCAUCCCUUAUUGCUCCAGCAUUACUAGAGGAGAAUACCUAAACUAACCAUAUUUACACUAGAUACCUUUACCAGUUCUCAACUCCAGUAAAGGUUAUCCCAUAUCGCUCCAGUCAGUCCAGUGUUAUUACAGGUGGAAACCUAAACUAAGCUAACCAUAUUAAUAAUUUACACUAGAUGCCUCUACCAGUUCUCAACACCAGUAAAGGCCAUCACUUAUCGCUCCAGUGUUACUACAGGAGGAAACCUAUAAACUAAACCUAUUUGUACUGGAUUCCUCUACCUAUUGUCAAUGAUUCUUCCUAGAAGUCCAGUAAAGGCCAUCACUUGUUGCCCCAGUGUUACUGCAGGAGGAAGACUAAACUAACAAUGCAUUGCUACCGUCUUUUGUUAGGCUGGUUAUAUUCGUCAUACUGUGAAUAAAAUCACCUUCUCUGAACAAUGUUACUACGUCUUUGGUGAUCUAUGCGACAGUAAGUAGACUUUAGCUGUAGUUUACAUGGCAAGACAAUUUCAUCCUGAUUUCACCGGGGCUUUAGUUCUCAAAAGCUGACAUACGAUGCAUUUUUGCAGCCACAUUCUGAAGUUAUCAAUUUUGCCUGAGUUCUGUGUUCCUGUUCCCCAAACAAAACAAUUGAAGUAUUGAAAUAGAUCGUAUUAACCUCUUUCCAAAUCUGUUUUAGAAAUGGCCACUAUGUCGAUCAAGGAGCAUGAUGGGAGUGACCAAGAUACAUUAGCCCCACUCCCUCAGCCCAACAAUUGGGUAGGAAAUGUCCCACCUCAGUAUUCUGCAGGCUGGCGGCCUGCUUACCAAAAUUUAAUGCCUCAAUCUUUCCCCGACCUCCACCCGUACAACCCCGCCGCCUUCGCAGCCCCCUCUCAGACGGGAAGUGGUAGCCCGCGAAGUGUGAGUAGUGGGUCUCAGAAGAGUCGGGAAAAAGAGCUGGACGCACAGUCUCGAAGCAGUGGGGGUAGCAGUGCCAGUGAUAGGAGUGGGAGUAGCAAGGGGGAUAGGGCUUCGAUCAAAGAACGCCCACCUACUGUCCCUCCGACUGUACGAGAUUAUGGACGCCUGGACCAAGUACCUGAUCACAUCGGCGCAAGUAGGAGCAGUUUUCAAAUCGCUUUAGCCAACCCUUGUGAGCUAUUUGUGGAUGUAAUGUAGAAUGAAUAUAUGGACUAAAGAUUGAUAUUUGGAUCGUUGAUAUUUUAACCACAGAUUGGUAAUUAUCAUUGAUAUUCAAAACCAUCAAACGAGUAUGUUAGGCAUGUAUGAAUGCGACGCCAUUUAGUGGAGCAGAUAGUGACGUCAUUAAUAUACAAUGAAUGAUGUCAUUGGAAAUACACUGAGACAAAGAAUGGCAUCAUUAAAGGAAUCUUCCCAAAAGGUUUAUCUGAAUGAAAAGGAUAAAUGCACUCAAGAGGAUUGGAUAAAGUAGAGUGCCAAUAUCCCGGAUGACAUAUAUCAAACCAAGAAAUAUGACGUCAUUGUUAUUUAUACGUUUGUCCAAUGAAGAUAAUGGUUGCCAUGUUGAACAUGGCGAGAACACUGCAGUAUACUUCAUAAAGAAAGAAACACGGUCAGAAAGUAUCAUACAAAGAAUUACGUCAUCGGUAUUCUAGGAAUGACGUCAUGGCUCAAUAGAAAAGUCAUCGAGGAUUUUUAAAGGACAGUUAUUAAUAUUGUAUAUUUCCAAUAAGACAAUUGCUGUAUAUAUUCAGUCUAGCUUAACCAGGUUCUCCCUUCGCGCUAUUGUUCUCACAUCUGAGUGCCUUGGCUUGGAUGAUGUUCAGAAUAGCUCAACAAACUAUUCACUGAUUUGAGUGGUUCCCGCUAGAAUUUUGAGUAAGAGGCAUUUGAAAGACAUAGGCGGUUGUGUGGUACCAUAGACAAUAGAAGGUUAGGGAACUAGAUGCAGACAUAAUACACCGCAUUAUCUAUGUUUUUGUAUUCGUUUAUGCAAAAAAAUGUCGAUUCAUCGUCACGUGUGUAUUGUCUUUUCGCUAUAGCAACCAAUAGCUAUGUUUUCAUUCAACCAUUGUGCAAUAUCACGACUGGGUAGGGUGCGUUCCUUUAGUGCAAUCCGGAUUUGGAUCUUCAAAUCCGAUUAUCGAUUUUCAGUUUCAUUUAAAGAAAUCUUAAAAUAGAUUCGAAUCUGAUGAAUCCACCUCAACAUAUGGAUUUUUCGGAUUCAAUCUGAAUCUUGAUUAGGAUUCAACGUUCCUUUUGAGCUUCUGGCCUUCUAGCAUGUACCUUGACCCGACCGAAAGGUAUAGUGGGACAGAAAACUUAUUGUAAAAAUGGCGGGAAAACAGCAGGCGAAUUCCGAUUCUCACAAUUCGUUCCAUUUGUUUAACGAAUCCAAAAAAUCCGAAUCCUAAAAAUCCAAAUCUAGAUUUACAAAAGAAACGCUGCUUAAAUCAACACACUGCUAUUGGUUGGUUGGGCGAAAAAACAAUACACACGUGACAAUGAACCGACCAUUUCUUGCAUAAACCAAGAUAAUGAAGUAUAUUAUGUCUGUAUCGUGUUUCUUAACCUUAUUCUAUAGACUAUGCUGGUACUGAAGGUACAACUCGCCAAGGGGUCUGACGCCGUCUCUGCGUGAAGAUUUUGAAAUUUAAACCCUCAAAUGGAAUUUCCAGCCAUUUCGGAGAGUAGUUUUGGGGAUGGUGUCCAAAUAUUUAACGAAGGAUAUCGUGCAAAAUGUAUGUUAUAGAAACAGGAAGUUUUUCUCUCGACAUUCCUAUGGUAACGAGGAAAUAUUUUGGGUAAUAAUUUCGAGAAAUACCGGGGAUCGGCUGACGAAAUCCUUCCUACUCGCUGACAAACGAUGAAACAGCAAUUUUGGGAUGGCAUCUGACAACUCGCUUGAAGCUUAUAACUGACGUCCAAAUAAAGACUCCUUAUAUGUGAGAACUUGGUGCAAUGGAAGCCUUUAUAUUUUGCCCUUUGCUGAAUUAAAGUUAACUGAAAGUAUGGUUCCCAUUCUUUUACCCUGUAUAGUUGUGUAUCCAAGCGUGAAUGGUUGAUAUGAGAACAUAUUGGAUUUUAUGCAAAGAUAUUUUAAAGUAUAUAAAAUCUAUGUAUAUUUAGCAUUGUGUCUGUCUUUGCAAUUAUCUUUUACAGUUGUGAAUAAGAUUUUACUGAAUAAAUAUUUCUCGACUUCACGAGUGUUUUCAAUACUAUGCACAACCCAGCUCGUAACCCAGGGUCUUUACCGUGCAUGGGCAAAUUUGGCUGACGUUUGUUGCGACUCAAUUCACAACUUAUUGUUCUUGUUUACAAAAGUAUAAAAUAGAACAAUAGUAACU